GCGCGCCGGUGGGCGGGCACAGCUACGGACUCAACAGUUGGGUGGAGUUAGACAGAAGCGCUUUUAGGAAUGGGUCCCAAACCUAUUCAGUUAGACAGCAGAGUUCCCUAAGAAGAGCUGGAAACACCUGAUGGUCUCUGUGGGACAAUCCGCUCCAUAUCACUCUCCUCUUUACUGUCGGAAGAUCAAUCUACCUCCAGGCCUCAUUUUUGUCGACUUUUUGUUUUGUUUUCUCUUCUGAAAAAGUAACAGAGCCAGCUGAUCUAUCUUUUCUCUCCCUUCAGCCAAAGACAUUUCGAUAAGGAGACAUUGCACUAUUCUUAUUUUUAAUUGUUCAUAUUUAUUGUAUUUUGCACUAACGAUGCACACCACGCAGAAGGACACGACCUACACGAAGAUUUUUGUCGGGGGGCUUCCCUACCACACCACGGAUUCAAGUCUCAGGAAAUAUUUUGAGGUGUUUGGAGAGAUUGAAGAAGCGGUUGUCAUUACCGACAGGCAGACUGGGAAGUCUAGGGGUUAUGGAUUUGUGACGAUGGCUGACCGCUCAGCUGCUGACCGGGCCUGCAAGGACCCAAACCCAAUCAUUGAUGGCAGGAAGGCAAACGUCAACCUGGCUUACCUUGGGGCCAAGCCUCGAGUGAUGCAGCCAGGUUUUACUUUCGGUGUUCCUCAAAUUCACCCUGCUUUCAUACAGAGGCCUUAUGGCAUCCCGGCACACUAUGUGUACCCUCAGGCCUUUGUUCAGCCAAGUAUGGUCAUCCCUCAUGUGCAACCUGCAGCUGCUGCACCGGCCACUGCCUCCUCCCCUUACAUCGACUACACUGGAGCUGCCUACGCGCAAUAUUCUGCAGCAGCAGCCAGCGCUGCCGCCGCUGCAGCUUACGAGCAGUACCCAUAUGCUGCAUCCCCUGCUGCUGCAGGCUACGUUGCUACUGCUGGCUAUGGCUACGCAGUUCAGCAGCCCUUAGCCACUGCAGCCCCAGGCUCAGCUGCUGCUGCAGCUGCAGCCUUCGGUCAGUACCAGCCUCAGCAGCUGCAAGCUGACCGCAUGCAAUAGCAGCCACUGCAACCAUGGACAUUCAGUGUGAAGAGGCCUGCCCCCGGUCACAGCUGAUUGGGCUCAAGAUGGAGCAACGAAGGAAAAGGAAGUGGGAGUGGCCUAAAGGGUGGGCUUGUCAGCGACUCAGAGGCAGAGUUGCUUUGAUGAUGAUGCUGAUGAUGAUGGUGGUGGUAGUGAUAAUGAUGGUGAGGUGGGAACUUUUACAGUAAAUUUCCAACUUGCUGUGCUUCAACCAAAAACGAGAAAAUGAAAAAAAGUUGCAGAACAAAUAAUGGAAAGAGAUUUACUAUUAUUUCUGUUGUUGUUAUUAUGAUUAUAAUUAUUAUCAUUACUAUUAUCAUUGUAGUAGAGUACUUAUUUCUAGAGAAAAUGCAGGAACUAAUCCCUGUGGUUGGUAUAGGUGUUAUACUAAGCCUUUAAGUCCUAUUGCUGUCUUAAUGUUAGUUAAGAAAACUGUUCUCUUUUUUCAGUUGUGGUUUUCCACAAGUUUAAUUUUCAGUUAUUUUGUGCCCUCAUAACAUUUAUAUUUAUUAUCACUAUUGUUACAUGGAGGGCUUUUCUUGUCUUUUUUGUCUAUUCAUAUUUUUGAGUAAAUAUUUUCUGAUAAUCAGGGAAAUGGAACCGUUUCCAAAGUUUUAGCUAUUAUAAUGUGACCUCUGUCAGGAAGUCGAGAAGUCGUAACUUGUUGUGUCACACAUAUUUGAAGAACUACCUUUUAUCUUCCUGAUGCUGAAUGUCCCUUUUUUUUACUCUGUUGCUCGACCUCUUGACCUAUGCAAAGCAAACAAAUCACCAGGAGACAAAACAACAAAGAAAAAAACAAAAAGACUGAAAAUGUCAUCAACUCUGACUCUAUUCUUGGACUAAAGGGGGGCCUUGGCAAACACAACAAGCACAGUGACAAAAGGGGAGAGGUUGAAAAUGGCUUCAGACAAUGAGAAACACUAAAUCAGUUGCUUUUCCACGUUUCACUCACUCACACAUACAGCAACACAUGCAUCCAGAGUUGCACACAUGGCAGUCAAAGACAAAGGCAGCACAGUCGUGUUUCUCUGUGGCUCUGGGAUGGAGAGAAAGAAAAUGAGAAAGAAAGAAAGAAAGAAAGAAAGAGAAAGAGAGCAGCUGCUGGUGGGGGUGGACAGAGCCGCCCCAGUGCCACACAGACAGAUCACUCUGGAAAGAACGCAUCACUUGUGCUCAUUUGUUGAGCUGUCACAUUUUAAUCCCCGGCCGGGCCCAUUUGGGAACCAACUUCACAACCCUCCACCCAGCACAGAGCCCCCACCCCACCAGUCUUUCAGCCCUGCAGCUGUCAGCACUUCCACCUCUGUGCUACUGAAGUCUGGUGUCAGGUAUACUCUCACAAACAAACACACUUUUACCAAAGCCACCCCAACAACUGGCCUGCCUCAUGUCUGUCAAGAACACCAGGUGGGGUGGAGAGGGUGGGGGUUUGACUCUGUGACGUUUUGUUGGUCUGUGUGCCUUACAUUUUUACUGCUAUUUAAGAGAGAUAGAAAAAAAAGAAAAAAGAGAAAUCUACUAUUUAAGAUAUUUAUUUUUGAGGGUUGACUAUGUUGACGCUCCAAGAGUAGAGACUUAGUGGCGGUACUGUAUUAAUAAUAUUAUUAUGUACUCAUCUCAAGGCAUAUAUAAGUUAUUGAUUAGUUUUAGUAAUAAUAUUAUUAUAAUUAUUAUUAUUAUUAACAUACUCAACCAAAAAUGUUGAUGUAGGACUUAUUUAAGAUACUGUUAUGUGCACUGUACUUUAGUUUUUUAUCUUCAUGAUCCUUUAGAACGUGACAUUAAAUAUUAGCUCGAUGCCGUUAUGCCUUUUUUAGGGAAGAAACUUUAUUUAAAUGCAGGCCUGUUUGCAUGCAGAUUGUACUCUGCCUCUUCUGUGUUUAGAUGAGAGCAAAAAAACAAUUUUUACAAAACAACAAAAAAAAAACCAAGCAAAAAUGCUGCUUUCUCCACUAGAAUGUAUAGUUGUUGUCGAGAUUUCGGUAGCUGUGCUCCUUUUGCUCAAUAUUCAUCAGAUGGGCUAUUUUACACUGUUGGGAAUUUUUAUACUUGAACUAUUUCUUACAAGGGAAAUAUGACAAAUAAAUGACAAAAAGCUUUUCAUUGUCACUGGAUGAAGGCAUGUAAAGUGUUACCAUUUAAAUGCAAAGGUUCUGUUGGUAUUGAAACCUUUACUUCAGAAUUUGAACACCAUUUACUCAAAAUUGGAAUAAAAUGUUCUAUAUUUAAAAGCUUUGUGACACUCUUUUUUUUUUAUCUAGACUGCAAUUAAACCAAUGUUUCAUGUCAGUGUUUUGCUAAUGGGGUACU